CGUUUUCUUGUGGGUAAGCCAAGGAACCAGCUUUCACAUUCUUGGUGCUAACACAGCUUUCUCUCAAUCUCUGCGCGUGCCCACAACGCCAACCUCAACCUAACGAAGAGUCCUCCGCUCUGGAUCCACGUAUGGGUAAUGUUAUAGCCGCCCUUCGUCGCAGGCGAGCCCAACAACGGGAAGUGGAGAGGCAGCCAACUACAAGGAUCCUUGCGACACAGCCUUCGAUCAGACACAGGAACGAUAAUCGUCGGAGGAGACUACUGACCAAAAAAUACUCAUAUAUACCUGAUUAUUACACCUCCCUCGAGCAGGUAACAGCUGCCUUGAGAGAAUCCGGUUUAGAAUCAUCAAAUCUGAUACUUGGUAUUGAUUUCACAAAAAGCAAUGAGUGGACAGGGAAACAUUCAUUUAAUAAUCAGAGCCUGCAUAAAAUCAGUGAUAUACCUAAUCCUUAUGAGCAAGCCAUUGCCAUAAUUGGGAGGACUUUGGCUUCAUUUGAUGAAGAUAAUUUGAUUCCUUGUUUCGGGUUUGGUGAUGCGACCACUCAUGAUCAAGAUGUAUUUAGCUUCCACCAUGAUCACUCACCUUGUCAUGGAUUUGAAGAAGUGUUGGCCUGCUAUCGAAAGAUUGUCCCACACUUGAGAUUAUCAGGACCUACUUCUUUUGCACCUAUAGUGGAGGCUGCAGUUGACAUUGUUGAGAAGAGCAAUGGGCAAUAUCAUGUGUUGGUCAUUAUUGCAGAUGGCCAGGUCACUCGAAGUGUGGAUACGGAUAUUGGAGAUCUUAGUCCACAGGAGAAGAAAACAAUUGACUCUAUUGUCAUGGCAAGUGCUCACCCACUGUCCAUUGUGCUUGUUGGAGUUGGUGAUGGACCAUGGGAAGACAUGAAAAAAUUCGAUGACAAGAUUCCAUCACGAGAUUUCGACAAUUUCCAGUUUGUCAACUUCACCGCUAUUAUGACAAAGAAUAUGAACCCGGCAGAAAAGGAAGCAGCUUUCGCCCUUGCUGCUCUAAUGGAGAUCCCUAUCCAAUAUAAAGCAGCCAUGGAACUUGGAAUUUUAGGUCAUGUCACUGGGACAGCCAAACGAGUGGUACAACGUCCUCCUCCUUUGUCUAUUACCCCUCAACGAUCAUCAAGGAGGGAACCUAACCCGUCGCCGUCAGCAAUUUCUGAGCAAAACCAGGCUUGCCCAAUUUGCUUGACCGAUGCAAAAGACUUGGCCUUUGGUUGCGGUCAUAUGUGCUGUAAAGAAUGUGCUCAAAACUUGACAAGAUGCCCAAUAUGUCGAGCGGUUAUCCGAUCACGUCUAAGGUUAUAUUCAGGAUGAUGCUGGCUAAAAAUUCACAUGAAUUGCAUCCCAAAAGAAAAAGAAAAAGAAUUCACAUGAAUUCACUAUAUGUUCAAGCCUUGUGUUUUCUUUUUUUUUGCGGUUGGUUUAGAAAUGUUUUGCCUACUGCAUAGCCAAGAUGAAUAAGUAGAGUACGUGUUUAUAUGUACUUGGCUGUUGUCAAACAUUAAUGUUGUGGAUUUUUUUUAAAAAAUUUUGUCUGUGUAAUAAACAGCUUUUUAGAUCCUCAUAGCCUUGCUGAUGUUUUUGGAUAGUUUGUCGUUUCUUUUAUUUGCCUGUCGAUUAUUAUUCGAGGGCAACUUGGGUUAAUAAAUCAGAUAUUGGA